AUGGCCACCGAACUUACUGUCCAGUCGGAGCGCGCUUUCCAGAAGCAGCCUCACAUCUUCCUUAACCACAAGGUCGGCGGACCGCGCAAGAACACCCGCUCCAGGAGAUGGUACAAGGACGUUGGUCUGGGCUUCCGCACGCCCAAGAACGCCAUCGAGGGUAACUACAUCGACAAGAAGUGCCCCUUCACCGGCAUGGUCUCCAUCCGUGGCCGUAUCCUCACCGGCACCGUCAUGUCCACCAAGAUGCACCGCACCUUGAUUAUCCGCCGUGAAUACCUCCACUUCAUCCCCAAGUACUCCCGUUACGAGAAGCGCCACAAGAACCUCGCCGCUCACGUCUCGCCCGCUUUCCGUGUCGAGCCCGGUGACCAGGUCGUCGUUGGCCAGUGCAGGCCCCUCUCCAAGACCGUCCGCUUCAACGUCCUCCGUGUCCUCCCCCGAAAGGGAAAGGCUGCUAAGCAGUUCAGCAAGUUCUAG